UUUUUUUUCUUGCUGAUAUGAAAGAUAAGUCCUUAUGCGUCCAAAUCCGUACCGCAAGCAAUGCAUGUUAAUGUUCAGACCGAGCGUCGGGGAUCUUCACAAAACUCCCCCCUACAAGACGCCUUUUUCCAAUUACUUAUGUGUAAUGUAAUGGGACUGAGUCGUGAUUAAAGACUACUGUACUAUGGUGACAGUUGAAAUCGUUCGCCAGCUAGCUAACUGCCUGGCUACAUUCAUAGUUUUAACUGACAACAAUCGCUCACAAACGAUUCCCGAUAAUGUUAGUCUAGCUAGCUGGUAAAAUGCUUUAUUGUCAGAUCAUUAGGCUGACGUUAGCUGAGCUACAAUAAAGUUACAGCAAAGUACGUGGUUACAGUACUCGCACAAUCAACAACUAGCUAGCUAAAGUUACCUCGUAGCCCUUACCAUCUCAUACUAGCUACAGAUACGUUAUCCAUCUGUUCAUGUGUCAAGUAAUAUGGGUUAUUAUAGGACAUGACAAGGUUUAGCUUUUUUCCCAUUUUUUAAAUAUUUUUUUUACCUCAAUUCCGAUUCAAGUGUCAGGUCUGCCUUUUCAUAAGGUUUUCAUUCCGUCACUUAAAUCUACCGUGUACUAUCGCGGGAACUUGCACGUUUACGGAACAAUUUGUGCAGUGAGGUGUCUGCGUCUAGUGCAAGCCAAGGAGGACGGACGGACAUACUGUACAAGCGCAAAGAUGCAGCCGGUAGAUUCUCUCCUCCACAGUGGCUAUUUUCACGCAACACUCAGAUGCUGGCAGAGCUGUGCCUCAGACUUGAGACCUGAGAAUCUUAUUUACCCCAUCUUCGUCACUGACAGUCCUGAUGCUGUGGAGCCCAUCGCUAGUCUACCAGGCCAGGCCAGAUAUGGAGUGAAUAAACUGGAAGGCAUGCUACGCCCCCUUGUGGAGAAAGGCUUGAAGUGUGUGCUGAUUUUCGGCGUGCCUGCCAAAAUCGCUAAGGAUGAGAGGGGUUCGGGUGCAGACACAGGUGAUACUCCGGCAGUAUUGGCUGUGAAGAAGAUAAGCUCUCUGUUCCCUGACCUGCUGAUGGCCUGUGAUGUCUGCCUCUGUCCCUACACCUCACAUGGACACUGUGGAAUCUUGCGGGAGGAUGGCACUCUGGACAAUGGUGCCAGUUGCCAGCGUCUGGCAGAAGUGGCAUUGGCCUACGCCCGUGCUGGCUGUCACAUCAUUGCACCCUCUGAUAUGAUGGAUGGGCGAGUGGGAGCCAUCAAACAAUCACUGAUGUCCAAUGACAUGGGCAACAAGGUUUCUGUACUAAGCUACAGUGCUAAAUUUGCUUCCUGUUACUAUGGUCCCUUCAGAGAUGCAGCACAGUCCACACCAGCAUUUGGAGACCGGCGUUGUUAUCAGCUGCCACCUGGUGCAAGGGGCCUGGCACUGCGAGCUGUGGACAGAGAUGUCAAGGAGGGGGCAGAUAUGCUGAUGGUGAAGCCAGGACUGCCCUAUCUGGACAUAGUGAGGGAGGUCAAAGACAAGCACCCCAAUCACCCACUGGCGGUGUAUAACGUGUCAGGGGAGUUUGCCAUGCUGUGGCAUGGAGCUCAGGCUGGAGCCUUUGACCUGCGCACCGCUGUACUGGAGUCUAUGACCGCCUUCCGCAGGGCAGGUGCUGACAUCAUCAUCACCUACUACGCACCUCAACUGCUCACCUGGCUGAAAGAGUAACAGACAGAAGGAUGGACCUACGGAUUGACAUGCGAUUAGCUCCUUUUUACCAAGCUGUUCAAUGCUGAACUACACUGACAAAUGGGGUCUACUGAAGCCAAACUGACAUGUGAGAACAGGCAAUCUAUCUUCAUACAUUCAUUUACAGUUUAUUUUUCUAUAUAACAUUGAUAUUUUGUUCUGGGACUCUUUUUUUUAAUCAUGUGCAGCAACCACAAAUUCUCACCAAAGAUGGUAUUCUUCUAGCUUGUAACCACAGCAUAUCAAAUAAGGUUUGAAGGGUUAGCCUAAUGUUAGCUUUUACAGUCCUGUUUUUUUUCAUCUAUCUGUUGAUUGUCUUGGUGGGUUUAUGGGUAUUUUUUACUAUUCUAUAGUUUUCCAAAUUGAGUAAUUAUGGACUUUUUAUUUUAUUCUGUGCCUUCUGUAAUAGCCACUCUGGCUUCAGCACUGAUAUUUACUAGUGUUUGUAAAGUUGGGUUAAGAAACCUGUAAAGCUCUUAUUGACCAGGGUAAAUGGACCUAUCCAAUGUCCACAUUUUUUGGGAUAACAACAAUAAAGCUACAAUCGAGUUUGAAAUAUGGUC